AUGAACACCGGUCUUAAGAUCUAUAUUAUUCCUCUUCCUCUUGCUUCUCUUGCUCUUUUACUAAGCCUUGCGCUAGUUAUAGUCGACCUUGCUAUCUUUUACGCUUUUAUGACUAUUCGCAUGCUAUUGCUAAGCGCUUUAAGAGCUCUUUGCUUUAAUGAUGCCAACAUUAUCGAUUUUAUCGAAAAGUACGAGGAAACUUAUAAUGACUUUAAUAUCUUUAAAGAUGAUCGGUUUAUUAAACUCUUUCGUUAUUACGAUAACUUUCGCAAGGAGAUCAAGGACUCGAUCGCUUUCUUGCGGGAAUUUGCUAUGCAAGAACGAGAUAUCAAUGACUUAAAAAACUAUUGUCGCACCUUCUUUCGGGUCUUCGAAAGGCUUACUUUAAUGCACCUUUUAAGCAAGACCGAACAAAGCCGCUUGUUCUUUUUCGGAUUGCUCGUCGGAAUUCGAAAUAAGACGAUCAAGCAUUAUAAGGUCGACGAACUCGACUUAAACUCUUAUGCCGCCUUCGAUGAUUUCGCCGCAUUCGCUUUUAAGACCGACCAGAGCGCUAAGACUAUCGAAGCUAUAAAUCGGAAAAAGUCUUUUUUAACUAACUUUACCAAGGAUAUUCGGACUUUAGUCAAAGAACAUACGGAGCUAGCCAGCGUUCUUAAGUCUGCUAAGAAAGCUUUAGUAGUAAUGCCGUUUAUCCGUGAACCACGAUUUACGAAUGAAAAAAAGGAAAUUAACAAAUUCGAUUCGAAGACCGCGACGAAGCCUUUAUCAAAUAUACCGCUUAAGAUGCUCGAAGUAAAGUCAGCUUCGGAAGAGAAGUUCAGAUUGCUAUUAUCGGCUACGGACUAUAAAGACGAAGAAGAGGAGGAGGUAAAGGAUACGGGAGCUAGAUGCAAGAUUAUAGCUUUUGCGAAAACUCCGGAGACACAACUCAAGCUCUUUAUUAAUACCGAGAUGAGUAUAAGGCUUUUAAAGAUAUGCAUAAAGGUUGCUUCGGUCGAGAUCAACGCCGCCGCAAAGGACAAAGCUAAAAAGCCUUUCCAGCCUUCGGAAGGAUCUAAGCCUAUUAAGAUCAAGAAGAAUGUCCGACAACAAAGGGAGAAAAACUACGGCACCCUUAAAGCCCACUCGAAGGAUAAGCUGUUCGAUAGUUUAAUUAAGAAAGAGUCUUCUAGACCUUCUGGACCAACUAAAGCCGACGAAGCUAUAGAAGAUAUGGAAAGAGAGGUUGAGAUCAUUCAGCGAGUAUCAAAAGGAAGGAAAAAGAAGACCUACAAACGAGAGAAGUUCAUUGACCUUUACGUUACUAUUAAAGCUUAA